AGGCUUCAGGCUUUCUCUCUCCCCCGGAAGAGGAACGUGGAACGUGGUGUGAAAGUUCCACCUUCUCACACCAAACCACCACAACCAACGCAGCGACCAUGCACCAGCACGUUGGGCAGCUCCUGCGGCUGGGUCGGUGCAGGAGGAACCCGUGGGUUGUCGCUGCAGCUGCACGACAACAACAACAACAACAUCCUCAACAACAACAACAACAGCGUGUGUGCAGGAGCUACGCGUCGGACGCUGCAUAUCGCCAGACCUUCGCCUCAGCCAGGGACCAGCCCGACAGCUACUGGGCGGAGGUGGGACGGGACAUCCACUGGUUUGAGCCGUGGACUCGAACCCUGCACGCUGAGGACCCAGUGUUCCCAGACUGGUUUGUCGGAGGGAAGUUGAACGUGUGCUACAACGCUGUGGACCGCCACGUGGAGAGCGGCCGCGGCGAGCAGCCGGCCAUCAUCUACGACAGCCCGGUGACCGGGACCAAACAGAUCAUCACUUUCAGGGAACUUCAGGACCAGGUGUCCAGGUUAGCAGGAGUCCUGGUGAAGAAUGGGGUUCGCAAAGGAGACCUGGUGGUCAUUUACAUGCCCAUGGUGCCCCAGGCCAUGUUCACCAUGCUGGCCUGUGCACGGAUCGGUGCCCCCCACAGCCUCAUCUUCGGCGGCUUCGCCUCCAAAGAGCUCUCCGUCCGCAUCAAUCACGCCAAGCCCAAGAUGAUUGUCACGUCCUCCUUUGGCAUCGAGCCCGGCAGGAGAGUGGAGUACAUCCCUCUGGUGGAGAAGGCCCUGGAGCUAAGCUCUCACAAACCCUCCAAGGUUCUCAUCUACAACAGGCCGAACAUGGAGAAAGUAUCAGUGAGUCCAGAGCUGAACCUGGACUGGGAGGAGGAGAUGGCCACUGCUCGGCCACACGACUGCAUUCCUCUCCCGUCCAACCACCCACUGUACGUCCUCUAUACCUCUGGGACAACUGGGACACCAAAGGGCGUGGUACGAGACACCGCCGGCUAUGCUGUGAUGCUGAAAUGGACCAUGUCAAAUAUUUAUGGACUCAGUCCUGGAGACGUUUGGUGGGCAGCGUCGGACCUGGGCUGGGUGGUCGGCCAUUCAUAUAUCUGCUACGGCCCCUUGCUCCAUGGGAACAGCACAAUUCUCUACGAGGGUAAACCUGUUGGGACUCCAGACCCCGGAGCGUUCUUCCGUGUGCUGUCUGAGCACCGAGCCUCCUCCAUGUUCACAGCACCCACCGCCAUCCGAGCCAUUCGCCAGCAAGACCCACAAGCGGAAAAUGGGAAGAAAUACCCCCUGACCAGUUUGCGGUCGCUGUUCCUGGCAGGAGAGCGAUGCGACGUGGAGACAUUGGACUGGGCGAAGAAGAGUUUUGGCGUUCCUGUCCUGGACCACUGGUGGCAGACUGAAACCGGCUCAGCCAUCACCUCCACAUGUAUUGGUCUCGGGAACUCACUCACGCCACCUGCAGGCCAGGCUGGAAAACCUGUACCAGGUUACAAUGUCACGGUGAUCGAUGAUGACAUGCAGGAGGUGAAGCCAAGAACCCUGGGAAAUAUAGUGGUGAGACUUCCUCUUCCACCUGGAGCAGCCCUGUCACUCUGGCAGAACCACAGUCUGUUUAGAGAACUCUACUUCACCAAGUUCCCAGGUUAUUACGACACCAUGGACGCAGGCUUCGUGGACGACGAGGGUUUCCUGUACAUCAUGUCCCGGUCGGAUGAUGUCAUCAAUGUGGCCGGUCACAGGUUGUCUGCCGGAGCCUUGGAGGAGUCUGUGCUGCAGCACCCUGCAGUGGGAGACUGUGCUGUGGUCGCUCUGGAGGACGCUCUGAAGGGUCACGUCCCCUUGGCCCUGUGUGUGCUCAAGAAAGGCGUUCAGAAGAAUGAGGAGGAGAUCGUCAAACAGAUGGUGACCCUGGUGAGAGACCACAUUGGACCCGUCGCUGCCUUCAGGAAAGUGCUCUUUGUGCGGAGUUUGCCGAAGACACGCUCGGGCAAGAUCCCCCGGUCGUCUCUGGCCAAUCUGGUCAACGGGAAACCCUUCAAGAUCACUCCGACCAUCGAGGACCCGGACGUUUUCAAGGACAUCUUGGAGCAGGUGGAAAAAGCCCUGAGACCUCGUGGGAGCUGAAUUAAUUUAAAAGGGGACGACCGAGAAAAACUGAGGUCAGAUCGAUUCCAACGUGAGAGGAAGCACGUGCACGUCUUUUGCACAGGGACGCUAACCAACGGCAACUCCAUGCUGCAGGGCUCAUGUUUCCGCUUGUAACAAUGUAAUUAAAUCAUCUUUCUUAAUGUAAUCUGAAUCAUGAUGUAAAUUAUGCUGUAUUAUAAGCUUUGCAUAUUCAUAACUAACACACAGAAGCAAGCUACAGCUGCUGCUUAUACUAAAUGAAUGGACUCCUCGUUCACUGACAGUUUUUUUAUUGACAAUGAAAAUUUGUUUGCUCACCACUUAGUUUUUGACCAAAGUACAAGUAAUAAAUAAAAAUAAAAAAACAUG